AUGGCGGCCCCAAAGAUGACCAAGAACCAGAUGCGAAGGGCUAAGAAGAAGGAGCAAAAGAAGACCCAAGCAGAGACUUCCACAGUCAAGGCCGAGGAACCUACUAUCAAAUCCGAAGAAAACGAUGCCGCGCCCGAAUCUACGACGACAGACCUCGAAGUGAAGAAGGAGUCCAACGCCGAAGAUGCCGCUCCUGCGGUCCCCGCGCUCGAUGAAGAUGUUUUGGAAGAGGAUCCUGCAUAUGCCAUGUACAAGGAUAUCUUCAACAAAUUCGGCGCGUCGAUGGAAGAGGACGAGAUUGCCAAGGAGGCCAACGCUGGAAAUACAGGAACAGUAUUUUACGCCGACGAUGACGAUAUCCCUGACGAGGACGAAGACAGCCAACCCAAGCUAUCGAAAAAGAAGAAGAAGCAGCUCACCAAGCUUUCCAUCGCAGAGCUCAAGGCUGUCGUCAAGAUUCCUGAAGUGGUGGAAUGGCAAGACGUAUCAUCGUCAGAUCCUCGAUUGCUUGUGCAGAUCAAGGCUCAGCGCAACGUUGUGCCAGUUCCGACACAUUGGUCUCUGAAGCGAGAGUACCUAUCUUCGAAGAGAGGUAUCGAGAAGCCGCCAUUCCGUCUCCCACAGUUUAUCGCGGAAACCGGUAUCACGGAGAUGCGCGAUGCGGUCCUCGACAAGCAAGCAGAACAGUCAUUGAAGCAGAAGCAGCGCGAGCGUGUUGCCCCCAAAAUGGGCAAGUUAGAUAUCGACUACCAAAAACUUUACGAUGCUUUCUUCCGUUUCCAAACUAAGCCCGAGCUUACCCGGUUUGGUGAAGUUUACUACGAAGGAAAGGAGUCUGAGGUUGACUAUCAACAUUUCCGACCAGGCGAUCUCACCGAGGCCACUAAGGAAGCCCUCGGAAUGCCCCCUGGUGCACCGCCACCAUGGCUCAUCAACCAACAACGAUUCGGACCUCCCCCAUCUUACCCUACUCUCAAGAUUCCCGGUCUAAAUGCGCCACCACCCGCUGGAGGCUCAUGGGGUUUCCACCCCGGUGGUUGGGGUAAGCCUCCUGUUGACGAGUUCAACAGACCUUUGUUUGGUGGUGAUGUCUUUGGUCUCUCAGCGUCAGGUGCGUCAGGUCAAGGGGUAGCGCAAAUCUUGACAGGAGCUGGUGAACCCGUCGAGAAGAACUUGUGGGGUGAGUUGCAGCCUCGUGAAGAGGAGUCAGAAGAAGAGGAGGAGGAAGAGUCAGACGACGAGGAAGAAGAGGAAGAGGAAGACGUCCCCGGUGAAACGGAAACGCCUAGCGGCCUUGAAACCCCUGGUGGUUACGCCAGUACUGUGCAGGCCGACUAUGGACAAGGCGUCGAGUCAUCUAUCGCUGGUGAGAUGGAUCUACGAAAGGAGCGUCGUGGCUACGAGACGGAAGAGUCAAGCGCGCCUCGAUCCGCUUACACCAUCUUGCCAGAGCGUCAAGUGCGUGCCGAAGGUUUCUUUGGCAGUGACAGGGUAUAUGAUCUUAAGCAGGCUCAAGCAGCUCAACAAGCUGGUGUGCCAGUGCUUGGUGCUGAGGACGAUACGCGCAAGCGCAAGAAGCCCGGUGACAUUGACGUCGCCCUCGAUCUUGACUCCUUACAGAGCAACGACGGCAUCAGCAAGGAUGACUUGCGGCGCAAAUUUGACGAGGGCAGAAAGGAAGAGGGCGUCGGUGCCAAGUGGGCAUAUGAUGAUGACUUGAGCGAAAUGAUUGCCCAGGAGAGCCGAAAGAGACAAAAGACAGAGGCGGAACUUAAUGCGAAGAAAAGGGAAGGCAAGAGCAGAUUUUAA